UCCAAAGACCUUUCUUUUAUCUGAAGCCGCACGGCCCAGCAGGCUGCACUGACUUGGUGGAGGCAGCCGGCAGCAGCAGCCUCAGCACAGCCUCAGCAAGGAAGCCUGCUGGGGUGGGGAGGGCAGGUGUCUCCAGCCCCCGAGGAGGCCCUGGUGGCCCCCAGCCCCUGGCGUCGUUGCAGGGGAGGUCUCUGGCCACCACAGACCGCACCAUGGGGGCCCCGGGGUGCCGCCGGUUCUGGUCCCGCUGGGAGCAGGUGGCAGCGCCGCUGCUGCUGUUGCUGCUCGGGGUACCCGCUCGAGGCCUGGCGCUGCCGCCCAUCCGCUAUUCCCACGCUGGCAUCUGCCCCAACGACAUGAACCCCAACCUCUGGGUGGAUGCACAGAGCACCUGCAAGCGGGAGUGUGAGACAGACCAGGAGUGUGAGACCUAUGAGAAGUGCUGCCCCAACGUGUGUGGGACCAAGAGCUGUGUGGCGGCCCGCUACAUGGAUGUGAAAGGGAAGAAGGGCCCCGUGGGCAUGCCCAAGGAGGCCACAUGCGACCACUUCAUGUGUCUGCAGCAGGGCUCCGAGUGCGACAUCUGGGACGGCCAGCCCGUGUGUAAGUGCAAAGACCGCUGCGAGAAGGAGCCCAGCUUUACCUGUGCCUCGGACGGCCUCACCUACUACAAUCGCUGCUACAUGGACGCCGAGGCCUGCUCCAAGGGCAUCACGCUGGCCGUCGUCACCUGUCGCUAUCACUUCACCUGGCCCAACACGAGCCCCCUGCCACCCGAGACCACCGUGCACCCCACCACAGCCUCCCCCGAGACCCCUGGGCUGGACAUGGCGGCCCCAGCCCUGCUCAACCACCCUGUGCACCAGUCGGUCACAGUGGGCGAGACAGUGAGCUUCCUCUGCGACGUGGCGGGCCGGCCCCGGCCCGAGAUCACCUGGGAGAAGCAGCUGGAAGAUCGGGAGAACGUGGUCAUGCGGCCCAACCAUGUGCGUGGCAAUGUGGUGGUCACCAACAUCGCCCAGCUGGUCAUCUACAACGCCCAGCCCCAGGACGCCGGCAUCUACACCUGCAUGGCCCAGAAUGCCGUGGGGGUCCUGAGGGCCGACUUCCCGCUGUCGGUGGUCAGGGGGGGUCAGGCCGCGGCCACCUCGGAGAGCAGCCCCAACGGCACGGCCUUUCCGGCAGCCGAGUGCCUGCAGCCGCCCGACAGCGAGGACUGCGGCGAGGAGCAGACGCGCUGGCACUUCGACGCCCAGGCCAAUGACUGCCUCACCUUCACCUUUGGCCACUGCCACCGCAACCUCAACCACUUCGAGACCUACGAGGCCUGCGUGCUGGCCUGCAUGAGCGGGCCCCUGGCAGCCUGCAGCCUGCCCGCCCUGCAGGGGCCCUGCAAGGCCUACGCGCCCCGCUGGGCCUACAACAGCCAGACGGGCCAGUGCCAGUCCUUUGUCUACGGCGGCUGCGAGGGCAACAGCAACAACUUUGAGAGCCGAGAGGCCUGCGAGGAGUCGUGCCCCUUCCCCCGGGGGAACCAGCGCUGUCGGGCCUGCAAGCCGCGGCAGAAGCUCGUGACCAGCUUCUGCCGCAGCGACUUUGUCAUCCUGGGCCGGGUCUCUGAGCUGACCGAGGAGCCCGACUCGGGCCGUGCCCUGGUGACCGUGGACGAGGUCCUGAAGGACGAGAAGAUGGGCCUCAAGUUCCUGGGCCGGGAGCCGCUGGAGGUCACGCUGCUCCGUGUGGACUGGGCCUGCCCCUGCCCCAACGUGACAGCGGGCGAGACGCCGCUCAUCAUCAUGGGCGAGGUGGACGGCGGCAUGGCCAUGCUGCGGCCCGACAGCUUCGUGGGCGUGUCGAGCACCCGGCGGGUCAGGAAGCUCCGCGAGGUCAUGCACAAGAAGACCUGCGACGUCCUCAAGGAGUUCCUGGGCUUGCACUGAAGCCCCCCACCCCUCCCCGGCCCCUUCCUGGCCCUCUCCCACCUACCCCCGCCCCGUGCCCCUCAGUCAGCAGACUGGGCAAGGGCAGAUCAGACAGUCGUGGGCCGGCAGGGAAACAUCCAUCAGCAUGUCAGAAAAAAGCCACCAGAGGGUCUCAGAUCAGCUUCUAUUCUUUGGGUUCUAUAAAGCGUCCAUUUUUUCAGCUGAGGGGGACAAAAGGGGAAGUCAGUAGACACGUGUAGGUUGUUCCCGAUGACCGGUCUGGUCAGGCAUUCUCCUCCCUUUGCCACCCCCAACCCCUGGCUCUCCCAGCCACCUACCCACAGCCAGGCCCGGCCAGGGUUCAGGGGACGGCCGCUGCGUGCUGGUUACAGGAGAGUUGAAUGAAAGGGCUUGCAAAGGGGCAGGUGGGGGGAGACAGGAGGGCCCGGGGACUUGCAGCACAAAUUCCCCACAGCCUCCUAGAUCAUUGUGAGCAGAGACCGCUUAGCGUUAGAGGUGGGGGCCCGAGGCAUAGUCCAACCCAGCACUCAGCUGGCCCUGAGCAGGGGCUGCUGGGACAGGUGGCUCUGGGUGCUCCGCCUGUGUCUCUAAGGCCAGCGCAGCACCAGCCGAACACAUCCUUCCUCUCGGCUGCGUUGGUUUGUUGAUCCAAUUGUGUUCACUUCAACCCAGUGGACAUUCUCUGAACACCUACUGGGCGCCAGGUGCUAGGACCACAGACUUCUGUCGGUCACUGCUCGGCUCCAAGCACCCGAACACAAAUGCCAUGAUCCCAGGGUCCCCCUAGAAGCAGGCCCGUGGGCCCCCAGCUCUCGCGUCUCCAUUUGACGGGAGGUGUGCUUUCAUAGGCCGCUGCACGUAAAGCAGAUGGAAGCCCUGGGACCUGUUUUGGUAGCAAGAGAAAUAAAGGAAGAGGAAAAGCAGGCGGGAAGGGGCAGUGGAGGAACAGGAGGGGGAGGCAGGCUUGAGGAGGAAGAGGAACCCUGCUCGCUGCUCCCAUCUGGUGGUGGCCUCCGGAGCCCGCGGGAGCCGGGAGAGAGGCCCUAGGUGCGGUCUGGGAGGGAAGGUUUGGGGAUGUGGCAGCUCGUUGACGAUUUUCUUGUGUUUCCAGACUCCCGGGAUGGGCCUGGCCACUCCCCCACGAGACAGAGGAUCUGGGAGCCCCACUGUCAGCCCUGCGUCUGCCCCCACACCCUCCUCAGCCCUGCAUCUGUCCCUGCCCCUCCAAGGCUAGCGAAGGUCAUUGUGGGGCAUCCUCAUUUCUUCCUCAAAUAUAGGGAGGAAGAUACCAAUUAAAAGCUCAUAGUAUCAA